UCCAUCACAAUUUAGGUCAAAUUCAUCGUUUUAUAAUAAAUUCAAAUUUUAAUAGAACAAAAUUAAAAUAAAAAUGGUUUCUUUUUGAAUCAGUAAAGUUGGAUCAAAUUAGUGAAAUAAGGGACUGUGAGUUAAACAUUUUCUGUGCUAAAAUGGCAAAAAGUUUAAAAGUGGCAGAAAACAGUAUAUUCAGUGAGAUAUGUGCAUUUGACAGGAGAGGACUGCCAGUGACAGUGCAAAAUAUAUUAGGAAUAGAUGGAAAUGAACAAGUGUUGUGUAUUUCCCGAUUAGUGAAUGUGGCCUCCUGUAGCAUAUGUGCUUAUAUUUUUUUCCUUGUUUUUCUUUAUUUAUGGUGUUCGCCAAACAGGAGAUCCAGAGCAUCAAGAAAUUCUCUUGCAGGCGAUACAUCAAGGGCUAUUUUCUCACUACUUCUUCUUGUUGUUCAUAUUCUUGAAAUAUGCGCUGCAUUUUUUAUUCACCAAGAUAGAGCAAGAGUGGCUUCUUCAAUAGUAAUGUGGCUUCUUGCGCAAGGUCUUUACUAUACUCUUACUCCAGGGACAAAAAAUUGCCGUCCGAUUGUAACAUGCACUGGUCUAGCUUGGCUAAGCUGCGGUGUAGCGAAACUGGUGCUAUUCUUUGUGACAAUGGCUACAAAUCAUACAACCGAGCACAUUCUUCCACUGACACUGAUAUCUUCAGCCUUGCUGUCAUUUGGUCUCUCUUUCGAUGAUUUAUUGACAGCUUUCAGCAAGCUUCAACAGAACAGCAUUGGAACCAGUGGGGAAGAAAGCGAUGGAGAAGAUUUGAGCGCUUACCGCCACGACAGAGUCGGUUGGCAUUCGAGGGUGACAUUUUUGUGGAUGACGUCACUGCUGUCUGCCGGCUAUGCAAGACCUCUGGAGAUGGAAGACCUUGGCUCACUGCCGUGCAAAGAGCGGGCCUCCCUUCAGGCGGACAACAUUUCGCGGGUUUGGGCUCGCGGCAAGAACCUGUGGAUGUGCUAUGCCCAACUGUAUAUAAAAAACUUCCUCUUCGGAGGUGUACUGAAGCUAAUUGGUGAUUUUGCUGGUUUUGUCAGCCCGUUGGGGAUAGCUGCACUAGUGAGGUAUAUUGAGCACCAAUUUGGCAAGACUUCAGACGCAGUGCCUGAUACAAUGGCAUUCCAAUCUUCGAAUUCAACAGUUGCUCCACUUGAAGGGGAUGUAGAACAGCCAUUGACAGUGAGUGAACUGAUGAGCAAUGGAUACGUUGUAUCUGUAGUGGUUCUACUAAGUGCACUGGCUCAGGCAAGUUUUUCUCAAGCCAGCACUCACAUAUUGAGUGUGGAAGGAGUUAGACUGAAAACAGCUUUACAGGCUCUCGUCUAUUGUAAAACUCUAAAACUAUGUGGAAGUUCAGCAAGACAAGACGAAGGAGCAGUGGGAGGGGCAAGCCUGCUAUCUGAAGAUGUCUACAGUGUGAUGUCUUGCUUUUGGAUAGGACAUUAUGUCUGGGCGAUCCCUCUCAAGGUGAUCAUCCUAAUUUGGUUGGUGUAUCGUCAACUGGGUAUCAGUGCUGUGAUUGGAGCGGUGUCAUGUGUAGCUCUUCUCACUCCACUACAGUUCAUCAUUGGCAAGUGGAUGUCCACUAACACUAAGAAGAUCACAGAGUGUACUGACCGGCGUCUAUGGCAAACCAAUGAGGUAUUGCAAGGCAUACGACUGGUGAAGCUGCACGCUUGGGAGGAUUCUUUCUGCAGUCGCAUACUGAAGACACGCGGAGAUGAGCUGAAACGACUUGAUCAGGAUUCUCUGUACUGGGCGCUCAUCACUUUUCUGACGCACACUUCAUCAGCAUUGACAGCAUUGGUGACUCUGAUAGCGUGGCACCUGAUUGGAGACGACAAACUCAACGCCGCUGAUUUAUUUUCUGCUUUGGCGCUUUUCAAUCAGCUUACAGUUCCUCUCUUUAUUCUUCCGAUCGCUGUGCCUAUCAUUCUCUCUGCUAUUAUCAGUACUAAACGAUUGGAGACAUUCCUCAAUCUUCCUGAAGUCUCACAAGUUAUUCCUUCAGUUAAGACGGAUGUCUCACGUGGCGUAUCCAGUGACACGACCGUUACUGAGUCAACGCAGAGAAGAGACAGCUCCUUUGGAUUGGUGGAUAUUACUGAGGCCGAAGAAGAAGAAGAUGACGAAGAAGAAGAAGAUGCAAAGAAAGCAGAGCCAAAUUCUGAUGCGGUAACCGUUGACAGAGCUCUGUUUUCUCACUCUAAAGAAAAUGAAGAGGCUAUCAGAGUGGACCGAGUAUCAAUACCUAAAGGAAAACUGGUAGCUGUAGUCGGAAAAGUUGGAAGUGGAAAAACAUCUUUCCUCCUUGCCCUGCUUGGCGAAAUGAACUGUAUCUCUGGAUCUGUUUCCUGGGAUAAGAGUUGUACGAUCUCAUACGUGUCGCAAAACCCUUGGCUGAUCAACGCAUCUCUGAGGGCCAACAUCCUUUUCGGCCGCGUUUACCGAGAACGCCGGUUCAGGCGAGUGAUCGCCGCUACUUCUCUCCAGCCAGACAUCGACCUCUUGCCUGAGGGAGACCUCACACAGAUCGGGGAGAAAGGCAUCGGACUUUCGGGCGGACAGAGGCAGAGAGUGGCCAUAGCUAGAGCUUUCUACUCCCGGGCUAAUGUUCUUCUGCUGGAUGAUCCUCUGUCAGCAUUGGAUUUUUCGACAGCCAACCACGUCUUUGAACAAGGAAUAAAGCGAUUGGUUGCAAGGGGGAGACGCACCAUCAUAAUGGUCACAUGCACUUCUCACUUUGUUACACAUUCUGAUAUGGUGUUGGUGGUGGAGGACGGUAGAGUGGAGAUGGCAAGCGCCGCGCUGACCGGCGUCGACUGGGGCGGGGUGUGCCGGGGGGGCGGGGGUGCUGGUUGCGACAGUCGUACGGCCAGAGAGCGAUGGCGACUGGUGCGGCUGGUGUCGCGUGCGGGCAUGCAGUUGCGACUGAGGCCUAGCUGGAUCAGUGCACACUACAUUUCGCUGCCGAUGGACGACCCGAUAGUAUUCGUGCCGCUGCGACGCCGCCUGGGCACAUUCUCAGGCUCACGCUACCUGACACAUGACCUGCUGCUGCCGACCGACGACUGCGGCGGUGGGGGUGACGGAGGCGACAACGACAGCGACCGCACGCAGACGCGACGCCCGGCCACCGGCGACCAUCGUCUGCUGACGGCGCUGCUGGCGCGACUCGGCGCAACCCGCGCCUCCGUGCGUCGCGAUGCCAACCAGCACCGGCAAGUGCUGAGGGCCACUUCGCUGCAGGGCGCUGGCAGGGAGAGACCAGCCGUCAGGGCUAACCCAUUCAUGCAGGUGGUCAGACAGUCGUCGUCACCUGAUAUACAUAGACCCAGAUCACAAAAUUUGGAUGGCGGUCUUUCAUCACAAUCACAUUCAGGCGGCUUGGCUAAGCAGAUGUUUGCAAUGCAGGCUAGAAGGAAUCUGGCAGCAAUGAUGGAAUCUUCAUUACUAACAAGCAGAAGCAGUGGUUUUAGUUCGACAAGCAGUCUGGCUAGUCUCAAUAGUUGCGCCAGGUCAGAGGUGAGUGUUGGACCGAAUGAGCACAGAGGCUUGCAGCGACUAAUAUCAAACGUUUCAGAAUAUUCAGACUACGAUGACGAUAAUUUGGAUUUUGAGCAAGACUUGGAACCUCACCUGAGCCAAGAAGAGCGAGCCUACGGUGAGAUAGCAGAUCGAGUGUACGCCACCUACGCGAGUGCCUGCGGUAAGAUGCUGUGCGUCGCUUAUCUCAUCUCCACUGUCGCUUGGCAGGGACUUCGCGUCGGCACCGAUUUCUGGUUGUCCAAUUGGGCCAGCCACAACUCGUCCAAUGACCAAACAGUGCGUUACCUGCUGGUGUACACGGGACUGUCUCUGGUGUCAGUGGUGCUGUCUCUGCUCUCCAACGGAGUGGGGCAGUUUUGUGCGUCACGUGCCCGCGACACUUUGCAUCGCAACAUGCUGCAACAGUUGCUCCGAGUGCCGCUGCAACACUUUCAGUGCACUCCUUUGGGUACACUCAUCAGCCGAUUUUCAACCGAUACUGCAAUCAUUGAUAAGAAAAUAGGCACAUCUCUACAGAGACUCAUGCAGUUCCUAUUGCUCUGCUUCUCAGCUAUUCUGGUCAACUCAAUUGUUACACCGUGGUUCAUUCUUAUAGCGGUUCCGAUUUCACUGGUUUACUAUGUCAUUCAAAAGUUUUAUCGACAAUCGUCAAGAGAACUACAGCGAUUGGACUGUUUAUCGCGGUCGCCAGUUCUGUCACACUACGCCGAGACGUUACAAGGACUUGAGACGAUACGAGCAUUCGCGCAGCAGACUCGAUUCACCGAAGUUUUCUACGCUCGACUUGACUCUCACACCAACGCCCUUCUGAUAUUUCAUUCGGCAAAUCGGUGGCUGGGGAUAGCAUUGGAUUACCUGGGCGCAAUGAUAGUGUUGCUGGCGAUGGUGGUGUCGUGCGUGACAGCCUCCCUGUUCCCGGUGUCACCGGCGCUGGUCGGCCUGGCGGUCAACUACACCCUCCUCGUGCCCAUCUACCUCAACUGGGUCGUCAAGUUCCUCUCGGACGUGGAGGCGUGCAUGGGAGCCGUCGAGAGGGUCUCACGCACCACGGCAGAGCCCACUGAGAACUAUCGAGAACACUGUAAAGCUCCAGCCAACUGGCCGGAGAACGGUGAAAUAUUAUUCCAGAAUGUCUCACUCAAGUAUGAAUCGGAGAAUGAAUGUGUUAUCACAAACCUAUCGCUGCAUAUCCCUGCUGGACAAAAGGUGGGAGUGUGCGGCCGUACAGGCAGUGGCAAGUCAUCACUGGUGAUGUCACUCCUGGGCGUGGUUCCGGUCAGUGACGGCGCCAUCUUGAUAGACGGAGUCAACCUGACCGCGGUGCCUCUCUGUCAACUGCGGUCCCAGCUAGCUGUCAUACCGCAAGACGUCAUACUAUUCAGUGGAACUGUCAGGGAAAACCUGGAUUUAGAAGGGAAGUACUCCGACGAUCGCCUGUGGCAAAGCUUGGAAGUUGCUCAACUCAAGGAUAUUGUGAAGAACGAGUUUGGCGGACUAGAUGGAGCAAUACAAGAAGGAGGAGUGAACAUGAGUGCAGGACAGCGGCAGCUGAUGUGUGUAGCGCGAGCGGCUCUCUCUGGAGCGAAAUGCGUCAUCCUUGAUGAGGCAACCAGCGCAUUGGAUGAGACUACUGAGAGGAAGCUCAUGGCGGCAGCCAGAGAGGCUUUCGCCGAUAGGACGGUCAUAUCAGUCGCUCACAGGAUCUUCACUCUACUAGACUUUGACCGGGUUAUUGUGAUGGAGGGAGGGCGAAUUGUUGAGGAUGGACAUCCCGAUGUACUCAGAGCUCGUUCCAUGGGCAUAUUGUCCUCAAUGUUGAAGGCAGCUGGCGAUAAACAAACUAGCUCAACCGGGGAAUAACGCAAGGUUAUGGGUUCCGUAAAGUUUAAACGAAACUGGAUCAGCUACUGCUUUAAGCUAGGAGUUUACCACAUUAUGCUCUAAUGAGACCAUAGCUUGAUUUAGAGCCAUGUGCUCCAUCCAAGUUUGAACAGAAUUCAAUUAGCUGGUGGUUCAACUCUAGAAGUAAUAAAUAACACAUUAUAAUUAAUGCAACAAAAGCUUCAUGUAAUCUCAGAUUGAAGUUGAACUUGGACUGUGAACUUGAAUCCAAUUCAAGUAGAAUUUGGAUAGAGCACAUGGCCCUAUGUUGGAUUUAAGUAUUUUGAGGAACAAAUAUAUAGGCACUACUUAGGAAAGGGAAAGGGGCAGGCAUAGACAAUUAAUUUAUAGUGUAGUAGUGAUUUUCAUUGAUAAAACUCACCACUGGCAUCUUUCAUACAAGAUUGUAGAUUCCGUACUUUGGGAAGAAGUCUCUCACACACUAGAUAUAAAAAGUUAAACUCUCUUUCGUUCGUCGUAAGGGAGCAGCAUUCCUCCUGUAUUACAAGAUUUUUAAGGAAUAGGCCCCAGGAUUGGAAUGAAAUUUGAUUUGAUUCGACAAUAAACUAUAUCUACGUAAACAAAUAAAGAUGAUAUACACUAUAUCCAAGGAUUGAAAUGAAUACUGAUCAUUAGAUUCGAUAAUAAACUAUAUCUACCUCAACAGCAAGGUGUAGUACUUGUGAUAUUUUCUUCAUGAAGUAAGUAAAGUUCAAAAGUGAAUUUUAGUACUAAAUGCACUAAAAAUUUUGAUUGAAGUAUUUCGGAUUUAAGCAUUGUGGAAACUGGCAUAUAGGUUUGAUGAUUCACGUCAACAGGCCUCCAAAUUAAUAAUAGGCUUAAUUCAAAAUAUGGUUUUAAUGAUCUACCUCAACAUUUUGUAAGAUACGAGUUAGCAUGAAUAUCUUUUUGAAUAUAUUGCUUCAAAUGCAAUAGCUUAGUAUAACAAUAAAGGUAUGCAUUUUGUGAA